AUGGCUAUCGCGCGACCGAUCCGCAUGCUGGGUGCAGCAUGCAUCCUUCUUUGUCUAUUUCUUGUAUUCCAGUUACAUCAGAGCCCCUCCAAUGAUGGGUCUAAACUGAUCCACGGCAUGAAAAAGGAUCCUCUUGUAGAUCCAACCGGAGAACCUGCCGGAAACCUAUGGCGAGCCACCGAACAUGACUACUCCCCCGAUAGCGACAAAUCGGCCCGCACCAACGCCGCGCUCAUCUCCCUCGUCCGCAAUGAGGAACUAGGCCAACUCCUCGAUACCAUGCGUGAUCUAGAGCGCACAUGGAACAGCAAAUUCAACUACCCCUAUAUUUUCUUCAACGAUAUUCCCUUUACCGAGGAAUUCAAGCAGAAGGUCCAGUCGGUCACCAAGGCCAAGUGCCAGUUUGAGCUUGUGCCCAAGGAACACUGGGAAGUCCCGAGCUGGAUCAACAUGGAGCUCUUCAAGGAAUCCGCAAAGGUUCUGGAGGAGCAGGACAUCCAGUACAGCUCGAAGGUCUCCUACCAUCAGAUGUGUCGCUGGAACAGCGGCAUGUUCUACAAGCACCCUGCUCUUAAGGAAUACCGUUACUACUGGCGCAUCGAGCCCAACGUCAAGUUCUUCUGCGACGUUGACUACGAUGUUUUCCGGUACAUGGAGGAUGGCAACAAGACCUACGGUUUCACCAUCAACCUCUACGACGCCCCUCAGAGUAUCCCGUCCCUUUGGCCAGAGACUCAGCGUUUCCUCGCUGCCAACCCCUCGUACCUGAGCGACAACAACAUGUGGGAGUGGAUUACAGAUGACGUGGCUCGUCCCGAACACACGAAGGGCGGCAACGGAUACUCCACUUGCCAUUUCUGGUCCAACUUCGAGAUCGGCGAUCUGGACUUCUUCCGUGGCGAGAAGUAUGAGGCGUACUUCCAACACCUAGAUCGUGCCGGUGGUUUCUUCUACGAGCGAUGGGGCGAUGCUCCCGUCCACUCCCUCGGCAUUGGUCUUUUCGCUGAUGCCGCGAACGUUCACUGGUUCCGCGAUAUUGGAUACAACCACAUCCCGUAUCUCAACUGCCCCAAUUCUCCCAAGUGCUCCGGCUGCAAAGCUGGUCAAUUCUACCAAGGUGCAGACUGGCUCUCCAAGGAGGAUUGCCGCCCGACUUACUUCAAGUACGUCGGAACACAUUAA